AACAACAGAUGCUCUUGCUAUGGAAGCACAAGAAGGGAGACUCCGCCUCGCCGGACGAGCUGUGCUCGGCGCUGGAGCGGGCAAACCUCGCUCUCCUAGCCGAGGAGGUCCGAGCCUACGCCCGGUCCAACCCCCGGAUAUCCGGGACAACCAGCAUAGUGUAUCCAGGAGUUAAGAGAAAAACGUCUGUAGAUUUGCGGAAGUCCGGCGGGCCGUUCACCCUGACGAACUGUGUCGCCAUCAAAGGAUCCAGUCUAAAGUUACAGACCAGAGACUCGGCAAGAAAACAAGACUCUACGGAUUCCACACGACCGAAAACCCAGCAGUCGAGAGGACCUCCAUCCAGACUGGGAACACCUGGACAAAGAAAGAGAAUAGGACCCUUCAAGAGAAUAGGUUUCAUGGACAUUCACACCGUCAUCGACCGGGCUGUUCCAUCAGACGACACCCCUCCCGACGAUAUGCACGACAUCCUGGCCAACAUCAACGAGGGCUUCUUCAGCUUCCUGAUGACCCGGAUGGAGGAGAUCAACCACGUUGUGGAACAGCUCGAGCGCACGGACGGAAUUGUCGUCUGCAGGGUACGACGAGGGUCCCUGAUGCUGACCGUGAGCUGUAACGGGAUAGAGUCGCAGCGUACGCUGUGGAACCAGUACCUGGGCGGGACGCUACACGAGCUCAUGCAGUCCUCACUGGUGAACGACAGGACGCUGAAGGCAGCCGGAGCGCGGGAAAUCGUGCUGCAGACAGCCAUAGAGGAGGAACAAUACCACAGAUGCUCGUCACAACUGAGAGGCAGUAAAGGCCUGAGCAGACCGAGCACGUCACCGCUGGGUCUCCUGUCCCCUCCCGCCACACCGAUAGUCGCACAGCUGCACGCUCCGGCACCGCCCACCCCCACCCCCAAGUCUACUCCCCGCCACUCUCCGCGGGAACGGCCGACCGGCAGAAGGCAAAUUGUCCGAGGGAAGGGCAGAUCGCCCAGAGAAGGGGAGGAGGCGGUUGAGAUCAGCAUGGAGCAGCACCUGAGGAACUUCUGUAGGGGCAUCAAGUCGGCAGAGGAAUCAUACAGUUACUUCGCCCUGGAGGUCCGGCGGUUCGUGGAAGCCCUGAAGUCCGUGAAGCCAGUCAGCACCAAGACCAUCUCAACACUGACGGAGGUCGAGGACUUCGAGCGGAUUCUGAAAGACCAGGGCUCCAAAAGCGUCCACAUGGUCGAAGAGUUUCUCCACAUCGUGCGCGACUUGAGCAAACUCCGUGUACACGUCUUGGAAAACAUCUGGGCCAAGAUCAGCUCGAGUCAAAAGAUGGAGGGAAGAACGCAGAAGAAGACAAAGGAGGACAUCUGGGCGUCUUUACAAAAGUGGGGCGCGCUGUUGGCAAAGGAAACGGACUUUUCGGACUUGCAGACGACAAAAGCGGACUUCGGGAACACGCUGAAGCCGUUUGAGAUGAAGUGUUACGGCGGAGUGUUGAGCUUGGUGCCGGAGGUGUUGGACACGGCCAACUGUGUGGACGAUCUCCUGAACAGUUACCUACAGUUCAUCUGACAUUUCACAAAGUGCAAGUUGUAAAAUCAAACACUGUUUCAAGUUUUCAAGAUGUUUGGGUACUGGACACGGCCAACUGCGUUGACAAUCUCCUGAACAGUUACCUAAAGUUCAUCUGACAUCGCACAAUAUACAAGCUGUAAAAUCAUGAGGUAAACACUGUACAAGAUUUUAAGAUGUUUGGGUACUGGACACGGCCAACUGUGUUGAUGAUCUCCUGAACGGUUACCUACAGUUUAUCUAAUCUCCAAGCAGAUCCUACGGUGCCAUAAGAUAGUAUCCAAACUGGCCAAGAAAUAUAGCCGACCUAAGGGAGUCAGACGGGCUCCGGAGCACCCACACUCCUAUGCCGGCUGUACUCCUCUGCCAGCUUUUGAUACUAACGUUACUACCGUAUGAUAUGCUUGGAGGUGCGUUUUUCCGUCCUAUGUACAGUUUUAAUAUUUUAAGUGUAAAAAGAACUUUUAAAUCGUGAGGUAGUAUGUGUUUAGAUAUUAGUCAUAUGCUAUAAGAUACUUGUAAAUAAAAGGGCUAUCCGUCCAGGAAAUAUGUUAUCCGUCCAGCUUGCCGUUUAAUGUACAUCUCAGCAGAGAAUUUGAUUACAUGAACUCUCACAAUUCUAAGACAACCACGUUGAACAAGUGCGUUGACCACCUGGAUUAUCUAAAGUGUGCACAAUUUGUGGAUUACCUAUGCUACAUUUAAGAACUCUCAUUCACUGUUUUCUUGUCUUCAAUGUGGUGGUCUUAGGUACCCGCAGAAUCUGUAGGCAUAGCUAUAGCCUCCAUAGCAGGCUCUCUGGGCCUUUUUCGUCUUUUUUUGACUCAUAAUACAGUAAGCUUUUGCUGGUCAUUUCUUUUUGUACUUGGUCGCUCGGACUGCUAUAUUUCUACAGGCCGCCAGUAUAAGAGACCCAGUGCAAGAAACGGCCAUUAAGUGUAUUUUAUGACCCCAAAACGACGAAAAAACGGCCCAGGGAGCCUGCUAUGGAGGCUAAGGUUCCUGGUACAAUUGAGUUGACGGCACUUGUAUUGGUCCAAGACCAGUCUGGAACUGGUCCCAAAUCUAUUUAUGGCAAGGCUAUGUUUUAUGAAACGUCAAACGAAUUCUGCAUACAAAUUGAUAAAUGUGGCAUGUCCAGACGUGCUUUAGUUGUGUCUCAUUGGCCUUGACCUUAAAGAGAUUAUAUGAGAAGCAAAGUAUUGAGAACUUCAGAACCUGAAAAGGCAGAUAUGUAAAUAUAUAGAGAUCUACAAAGAUGAUAGUCAUGUGUUUGCUUGUAGAAUGCAUGCAUGUUUUAAGCUUUGCUUGGCGAAUUUCGUUGCUAUGUUGUCAGUUUUUUGUUUCACUUGAGCGGUGAAGUUGUACGUUUAUAGCAAUUUUAUUUUGAAAUGCGGGAGAUACAAUGUGACUUUUUAUUACAUACGUAUGUUGGAAAUACACACAUAAGAAAUGUUACACUCAAGCAUGAGGUUUUAAAAAUUAAGUGCCUCCAUAAAGGUUCAUCAAAGGGCACCUGUCUUCAUCACAAAUAUGCAAAUGAGAUUUGAGAUAUCACAAACAUGUAUAUAAGGUUUCAAACCAUGGCUGCUAUGUUGGUCACCCAGGAAACAUAGCACGGUAUACUUUGAUAUAAACAAUGUGUAUAAACAUCAGAUUAUGAAUUUCAAAUGAGAAUUUUAACACCAAAGCAAAGCUAAACGGUUUUUAUAUCAUCAGGCCCACCUCUGAGGCGUCGCCAAAAACGAUUAUCUUUUUUUGCAAGGUUGCUGCUCAAACUUGGAGUUAAAACUUUUCGUUCUACUUUAAAGCCAUCCGUCCAAAAAGCUGCUGUAGUUAAUAAUUGUCUUGAGUGUUGUAUAUUAUAAGACUGUUGUGGUAACUUAUGACAAAACAUUGAGACACUGCUUGCAUGUAUUUUUGUUUGUGCAUUUUUAAUAAAUGCCAUGCUGACA